CAACAGACUUUCAUCACGUCUCUCCUCAUCGCCAUCCUCUCUCCUCCGCUCACUCUCUCGCAUCCCUCCUCCCCCUCUCGCAUCGCAUCGGCAUAGGCGGACACAGCGUCCCCCUCUCCCUCUGCAAUCCCACUCGGGGGUCCCCCGCUCAUUCUUGUAUUCCAUCAAAAGGCGCUCGUCAUCUCCCCUCGCCACUCACAAAAUCACCCGAUCUGUACCAUAUUAUAUCUCCCUCACCCCGGCGCCCCUCCAUCAUGCUCCGCUCCGUCAACCUCGGCGCCGCGCGUCGUAUCCAGGUCGCUUCCGCGUCCAGGAUACCUUUUGGCCGCGCGUACGCUUCCCCAUCUACACCCCGGUCCAAGCCGAGCGUCGCCGCCGUUGAGGCCCAUGACUAUGCCCCGCCUGCGUUCAUGACCAUGCCCCGCGCCGAGCCCGAGGCACACAAGUUCAACCCCCUCCCGGCAUCCCCCCAUCUUCACAAGGUCCCCUCUAUCCUCCUCCCCCCGCCUCUCCCAGCCGACGCCCGCGAUGGCAACCAGCUCAACGCUGAACUGUAUCGCCCGACCUCGGCACUUGACACUGUAUCCCUCCUCUCGAUCUGCGCCGCACGAUCAGAAUUUGUUCCCCGCGCAUACCAAAUCUUCCAGUCGCUUCUUCUGGAAGUCGAGAAGCGCACUGCGGUCAUGCCUAGAACGCAGGUCUGGGCCAACGUGAUCCACGGCGUGGCUCAGCUUUGCAAGCCUGCCACUACGAUUGCGGGUGAAAAGGUCACCGAGCUGUGGCGGUUCCGCACAUUGAAUCUCAUCAAGAUGUGGGAGAAGAUGAACGACUGCGAGCCCGGCAACGCCGCCUUGGACAAGGAGGGUAUUCUGGUGUACCGCGCCUGGUUUUCUGCCCUCGUCAAGGUGAACGGGCAACUGGACCCAAUCAUCCCGUACAUCGAGGACCCCCGUAUCGGUCUCGACCAGAUGAUCUCUGGCAUGUCUCGUGACGACGUUGCCCGAGCUCUCGACCAGCUCAAGUCGUACAGCGCCAAGCACCUGCUCGACUGGCUGGACAAGCAGGUGGUUGAGGUGCAGGGCCUGGAGCGCAAGAAGCGUGAGGUCCGCGAGAGUGACAUUGUUCCCGAGGUCAAGCCUGUUCUUGAGAAGGUCAAGGAGAAGAAGCGCGCAACUGCCUCUACCCCAGCAGCAGAGAUCCGCGGGUCGACAGCCACCGACCCCCAUGCCAUGCAAGCUCGCUGGACUAUCGACAACCUUCGCUCUGCCCUUGCACCUAUCAACGAAGAGAUGACGGCCUACAACCGCCAGUACGCCCUCGAAAAGUCGUCGUAUGCCGCAGCUGAGGCCGACCUUCAGCGCGCUGCCGAGCAGCUUGCCAGCAUUGGGCAGCAGGGCGAAGACAUGCGUCUUCAACGCAACGUCCUUCAGGGGCACAUGCACCGUUGGCACGUUGCUCUUACUGAGCAGCUCGUUCAGCAAAUUCGGGGUCUGACCGACCGCGUUUUGGCCAAGGACGACGGCGACGACCUCGUGCACAAGUGGUCGGCGUCCAGGGAGAUGAAGGACAAGGACCUCAUGGUGUACCUCAACGUUCUCCCUCCAAAGCGUCUUGCGCUUAUCACGAUUCUUGAGGUCAUGCGCAUGGUCGGUUCUGGCGGCAUUGUUGAUGGCAUGAAGGCGCUUCGCGGCAUGAUCGCAGUCGGACGCGCUGUCGAGAUGGAGCACCGCGCCGAUGCUAUUCGUUCGGUCGCGGGCGCGGACUCUGCCAUCUGGGCCAAGGCGCUCGACCCCGUCAGCAACAAGCCCACGCGUGCCAACAUUGACAAGCUGUGGUCCAAGAUUGGCAGUGAGGUCGAGGCGCAGCAGCUGUUCGAGCCAGGGGAGAAUGCCACGCCUCAGGAGGCUCUGCGCUCCGUCUGGACACCCCCUUGGUCGCAGCUGGCUGCGAUGAGCGUCGGCAGCUACCUCAUCAAGAGCCUGAUCCAGGUCAGCACUGUUACGCGCCACGCCACCGAUCCACGGACUGGCGAGAAGCAUUCGGAGACGCAGCCCGCGUUCUCGCACGUGUACGAGUACGUACGCGGCAAAAAGCUCGGCGUCAUCAAGGUCAACCCCGAGGUCGCCAAGCGUCUCGGCCAGGAUAGCGUGCGUCAGGUGAUCCAUCCCAAGCACUUGCCAAUGCUCAUCGAGCCGCGCAAGUGGGUGCGCUGGGAUGACGGCAUGUACCUCGACACCAACGUUGAGAUUAUGCGUUUCAAGGACUCGAUCGAGCAGAAGAACCACAUUGCGGCCGCCAGUGAGCAGGGGUAUCUCGAGCCCAUCUUCCACGGACUGGAGGUGUUGUCGGGAACACCGUGGCGCAUCAACCGCAAGGUGUUUGACACGGUCCUCGAAGCUUGGAACAGUGGUGUCGGCAUUGCAGACAUCCCUGCCGCCCCCGAGAAUUGCGACUACACGUUGCCCGAGAAGCCCGCCAGUGCGGCGACCGACCCCGGUGCUCGUGCGGCCUACCACGAGCGCAUGAAGGCUGUCCUUCUGCAGCAAAGGAAGGACCACGGCGAGCGCUGCAAGUUCAACUACAACCUUGAAAUCGCGCGCGCAUACCUCAACGACGUGUUUUACAUUCCCCACAACAUGGACUUCCGUGGACGUGCAUACCCCAUCCCUCCGCACCUGUCGCCCGUCGGUGACGAUCUCUGCCGUGGUCUCCUCACCUUUGGUAUCAGCAAGCCACUCGGCAAGACUGGUCUCAAGUGGCUGCAGAUUCACUUGGCCAACGUCUACGGCUUCGACAAGGCGAGCUUUGAGGAGCGUGCGCAGUUUGCACGUGACCACGAAGCCGAUGUCUUUGACUCGGCGGACAACCCGCUCACCGGCAACCGGUGGUGGCUCCAGGCCGAGGACCCGUGGCAGUGCCUCGCGACAUGCUUUGAGCUCGCCGCUGCCCUUCGGUCGCCCAACCCCGAAACAUUCGAGUCGUCGAUUCCCGUGCACCAGGACGGCACAUGUAACGGUAUGCAGCACUACGCCGCCCUAGGCGGUGACGUGCGUGGUGCCAAGGCCGUCAACCUUGAGCGUGGCGACCGCCCUGCGGACAUCUACACUGGUGUUGCCGACCUAGUCAACGCUGCGAUUGAGGAGGAUCGUAAGGCUGGACUGCCCAUGGCCCUCCUCAUCGAAGGCGACCUUGGCCGCAAGGUCGUCAAGCAAACAGUGAUGACGACGGUGUACGGUGUGACAUUUAUUGGUGCUCGCGAGCAGAUCGCGCGUCAGCUUGUUGCCCGUGGCGGUAUCCACGCCGAGGACAUCUACCCGGUCUCGGCCUAUGUUGCACGCAAGGUCUUGGCAUCGAUUGGUGAUCUAUUCUCGGGCGCGCGUGCGAUCCAGGACUGGCUCACGCUCUGCGCACGUCUCAUCGCCCGCUCGAUCCCCGCUUCGCGCCUGCUUCAGGCCACAGAGGCAGUCGAACUUCCUCCGGGAAAGGGCCGCACCAAGGCCAACCUUGCCAAGAUGGACGAGAAGACGCGCAGGGAAACGACCAAGGCCAGGAACCUGGCCAAAGAGUUGAUGACGGCUGUCGCUUGGACGACGCCGUUGGGCCUGCCCGUUGUGCAGCCGUACCGCAAGGGUGCCAAGAAGCAGGUCAUGACCUCGCUCCAGACGGUGUACAUUACCGACCCUCACCAGAUGACCGAAGUCGCGCCGAUGAAGCAGGCGACAGCGUUCCCGCCCAACUACAUCCAUUCGCUGGACGCGACCCACAUGCUUCUGACGGCGUCGGCAUGCAACUCGAGUGGCAUCACAUUUGCGUCUGUGCAUGAUUCGUACUGGACACACGCAUCGACGGUCGAGGCGAUGAGCGAGCAGAUCCGCAAGCAGUUCAUCCACCUGCACUCGGACGACCUUAUUGGCAGUUUGCGCAAGCAGUUCUUGGAGCAGUACGGCGACAACGCGAUCCCAGUAAGCAAUGCGCGGCUGAUUGAGUCGGCCAAGGAGCGCAACGAGAAGCGCGCGGCCGAGGGCCACCCCUCGCGCUCGCCGCCGGUGCACGGCGCCAAGCCCAAGGUGGACAUGAUGGCGGCCGAGGCCGACGAGGCCUUUGAGGAGAGCGACGACGGCGACAUUGACGAAGCCGACGGGCCUUCCGAGGUCAAAGAGAACUCGCCGGUCCUGCUCAGCCCGGAGGAGAUCGCCGAGAUCGGCACGUACAAGGGCAACGACGAGGUGACCGUCAACGGCGUCAAGUUUAUCAAGCUGCGCGCGCUGCUGCCACCCGCGCCGCCGCGUGGCCAGUUCGACGUCAAGCGCAUCCAGGACUCGGCCUACUUUUUCUCGUAGCGCGACGUACUGGGUACGCUGCGCCGGGACCUAAAGCGCGUCCCAGAAUGCCAGGAUCCCAGGGCAUGGUGCCAAGCUGCGCAGCGAUCCACCGUUGCGCUGCGCAGCCCGGGCCGCGAGCCAUGACGAUCGUGCCUGAUCUGCCUUGGUAUACCCGUCAUCUAGUCAUCUAGAACAACCUCCGCGCAGCGGUUGGGAAUUGUAACGCUAGUUUGUAAGCAUUUAUCUGCAUGCAUAACCAUUCUUCUGG